UUAAUUUGGGUAAUUGAUGUCCACACCCUCUUCUUUCUCUUAUCUUCUCUUCUGAUCUUCAUCUUUCUCAUCACUAAUUAUUUUCCCCUUUCUCUUUUUUUUCUUCUCUCACUAUCAAAAUUCUCUAAAUAUACAACAACCCCACUUUAGAUCUGUUUUUUUUUUCUUUAACUUAAGAUGAUGUAGAUUUUUAUUUUCUUUUUUUUGAAUAGUCAAUUUUUUUAAAAAAUUAAUUCAUAAGAUAUAUAUAGUGUGAAAGAACAGAAAAAGUGUGUAGGUGGGUAGUUGAGAAGUGAAAUUAAGAUGGAAUUUGAUGAAGACCAAGAAGAGCAGGAACAAGAAAUUGGCGCAGCGGGAGCAGAAAAUUAUGUAACAACGGGGAACAAUAGUGGAAGAGAAGAAGGGAUUUCCACUAGUAGUAUUGGUAGAAAAAGUAAUGUUAGGUAUAGAGAGUGUUUGAAGAAUCACGCGGUCGGCAUAGGUGGCCACGCCCUAGAUGGGUGUGGCGAAUUUAUGCCGGCCGGUGAAGAAGGUACUAUGGAUGCACUUAAAUGUGCGGCGUGUAAUUGCCACAGGAAUUUCCACCGUAAGGAAGCGGAAGGUGAGGUAUUUCAUCAUACCCCACCUCCCCACCUUACUCACCAUCACCACCCCCAAUUUUCACCUUUUUCUUCUUAUAGAACCACCCAUCAUCCGUCUGGUUACCUACAUGUUAACCCACCCCCACAUCAGCGCCCUUUGGCGCUGCCAUCUACUUCUAGGGACGACGAAGAUAUGUCGAAUCCUAGUAGUAGUGGUGGUGGGGGUGGGGGUGGGAGUGGUGGGGUGGGUGGUUCAAGAAAGAGGUUUAGGACAAAGUUCACAGGAGACCAAAAGGAUAAAAUGUUGGCAUUUGCGGAAAGAUUGGGAUGGCGUAUGCAGAAGCAAGAUGAGGCAUUAGUGCAGCAGUUUUGUGCAGAGACAAAUAUCAAGAGACAUGUUUUCAAAGUUUGGAUGCACAACAACAAGCACACUCUUGGUAAAAAACCCUAAACAAAAUUUGCUUAAUUUUGCUUUUUCACCUUUUUAUAGGGUAAAAAGAAGUAAAUUAAAGCAUAUAUCUAUUUGAUGGAGCUAGCUAGGAGGGGGGAAAAUUGGAAGAAGGAAGCUAGUUUUACUUAAUUAGAUCAUUAUUAAGCCAAGGAUUUGUUGUAAGAGAGUACUAUUAUUAUGAUUAUUAUUAUUAAAUUUAACAUUUUGAUGAU